AAUGUCUAGAUUACUGCAAAGUAAACCGUUUACAUCCAGUCUUUCACUAUGUCAUAGAUAUCUGAGAGCCGGAUCGUCCUUAAAAUGUCAUCUCAUUAACACAUCAGCAACAUUAAAUGGUGCAGAUGACCGAGAAAAAAUAAGAAAUAUUGGUAUUUCUGCUCAUAUUGACUCUGGAAAGACCACCUUAACUGAAAGAAUUUUGUUCUAUACUGGGAAAUUAGCUCGUGUUCACGAGGUCAAAGGAAAAGAUGGUGUUGGAGCAACAAUGGAUUUUAUGGAAUUGGAAAGACAAAGAGGGAUUACAAUUCAGAGUGCAGCUACUUAUACGACCUGGAAAGACUAUAACAUAAAUAUUAUAGAUACACCAGGUCAUGUCGAUUUCACUGUUGAAGUGGAAAGAGCGUUAAGGGUAUUAGAUGGAGCCGUUUUAGUUUUAUGUGCUGUAGGAGGAGUUCAGUCUCAGACCUUUACAGUUACACGACAAAUGCAAAGAUAUGAUGUUCCCUGUUUAGCCUUCAUUAAUAAACUUGAUAGGAUGUCAGCUGAUCCUAUUAGAGUCCUGAGUCAAUUGAGGACGAAACUUCAUAAAAAUGCAGCUUUAUUACAUUUGCCAAUUGGUUUGGAAAAAAAUCACAAAGGUAUAAUUGACUUAAUUGAAGAGAAGGCAAUGUAUUUUGAUCAGGAUCCCAUGGGUAUACAGAUUAGGACAGAUUCAAUACCUUCAGACAUGCUACGUGAAUCACAAGACAGGAGACAAGAGCUCAUUGAAUGUAUAUCCAACGCUGAUGAGAUUUUGGGUGAAAUGUUCCUUGAAGAGAAGGUACCAGAUGUAUCCGACAUCAAAGCUGCCAUAAGAAGAUCAUGCUUAAAAAGACACUUUACUCCUGUUUUAAUGGGUACGGCCUUAAAGAAUAAAGGUGUUCAGCCUCUACUAGAUGCUGUAAUAGAUUAUCUUCCUAAUCCUGGAGAGGUGACAAACUUCUGUAAUGAUAAUACUGAUAAAGAAAAAGUAAAAAAGAUAGUCUUAAAUCCUAAGAGGUCGGACGAAAAUCCAUUUGUAUCCCUAGCAUUUAAACUAGAGGCUGGACGAUUUGGCCAGUUAACUUAUAUGAGAGUAUAUCAAGGAUCUCUGAAGAAAGGAGAAACCAUUUAUAAUACUAGAACAGAUAAGCGAGUGAGGGUUCCAAGACUUGUCGUUAUGCAUGCAGAUCAGAUGCAGGAUGUGGAUGAAGUGUUUGCUGGGGAUAUCUGCGCCACAUUUGGAGUAGAUUGCGCUAGCGGAGACACUUUUGUCUCAAAAGGCAAUACUAAUUUGUCUAUGGAAUCAAUGCACAUUCCCGAUCCUGUCGUAUCAAUGUCUAUAAAGCCUGUUAAUAAAAAGCACACAGAUAACUUUUCCAAAGGAAUUGCUAGAUUCACUCGUGAGGAUCCAACGUUUAGAAUGACAUACGACACAGAAAGUAAAGAAGCUAUCGUCUCUGGAAUGGGAGAACUACAUUUAGAAAUUUAUUCUCAAAGACUUGACAGAGAGUAUAAUUGUAAAUGUGUAUUAGGAAAACCUAAAGUAGCUUUCAGAGAAACCCUUUUGCGACGAUUCGAUUUUGACUAUUUGCACAAAAAACAGUCAGGUGGUCAGGGUCAGUUUGGAAGAGUAUCUGGCUAUAUGGAGGUAAAAAUUGAAAUAAAAUCAUUUUUUGAUGACCUCAGCAUUACCCUCGAACAGCCUCUACCAGCAGAAAGAAAUACGAAAAUCGAAUUCGAAAAUUUAACCACAGGAACAAACAUUCCUAGACAAUUUGUGCCUGCCAUUGAAAGAGGAUUCAGAAAAGCAUGUGAAAAAGGUGCUUUGGCCGGACACAAGGUUGCAGGCAUUCGAUUCUCUUUAGUGGAUGGAGCCAAUCAUCCUGUAGACUCAACGGAUUACGCUUUCCAACUGGCUGCUGAAGGAGCCGUAAAACAAGUUUUAGAGAAUGCAGUUUGGCACAUAAUAGAACCUGUCAUGACAGUUGAAGUUACAGUCCCUGAAGAAUUUCAAGCUGAUGUUGUUGGUGCCUUACAUAAGCGACACGCGAUAGUCACUGGUCAGGACUCUCAUGAAGGAUUUUUCACACUUUACUGCGAGGUGCCCUUGAAUGAAAUGUUUGGUUAUGCUACCGAUCUGCGAUCAACAACUCAAGGAAAAGGAGAAUAUAGUAUGGAAUUUAAUCGUUAUUGUCCGGCGACACCGGAAACUCAGCAAACACUUAUGGAAGAAUACGAAAAAGAAUUGCAUGGCGACGAAGAAAAAGGAAAACGAAAGAGAAGAUGA